GGCAGCUCCAGCUAGAAGCCCCGGGUGACGGCUGUUGCUGAAGUCACUCCAGUGCCUGCUGCCUGCCUGUCAGCUGGAGCUCUGCUGUGCCUCCUCCGCCGCUGUCAGUCUCGGCACUGCCCAGCCCACCUCUGUCAGAACAUGCACAAGGAAUUUAGGACAGAUGAUUUUUGCUUCUUUGCCCUAUGUCGCAUUUUUAAGCUGUUGCAACUGAAAUGUUUCUUCCACUUUCAUUUUGAGGUCGUCCUUUGAAUAUUAAUCUACAGUUACCUCAGUAUUUCAGAGUUUGUUCAUAGUUUGGGUAAAUGAUGGCUCAGCUCCAGCAAGGAGGUACAGAUGAAAAAGAGAAGACCACUGCAUUAAAGGAUUUAUUGUCUAGAAUAGACUUGGAUGAACUAAUGAAAAAAGAUGAGCCACCACUUGAAUUUCCUGAUACUUUAGAAGGAUUUGAGUACAUUUUUAAUGAAAAAGGGCAAUUAAGACACAUUAAAACUGGGGAGCCGUUUGUUUUUAAUUAUCGUGAAGAUUUGCAUAGAUGGAAUCAAAAGCGCUAUGAAGCCCUCGGAGAGAUCAUUACUAAAUACGUUUAUGAACUACUGCAGAACGAAUGCCACUUGAAGAAAGUAACUCUUCCAGUUGAUGCAAUUGAGACUGAACCAAAGAGCUUUAUCUUUAUGAGUGAAGAUGCAUUACUAAAUCCUGACAAGCUGUUGGUCCUAAUUCAUGGUAAUGGCGUUGUCAGAGCUGGUCAGUGGGCUAGGAGACUUAUAAUUAAUGAAGAUCUGGACAGUGGGACACAGAUACCAUACAUAAAGAGAGCUAUUGAGGAAGGCUAUGGAGUAAUAGUUCUGAAUCCCAAUGAGAACUAUAUUGAAGUUGAGAAGACAAAAGCCCAAGUACCGCUGUCUUCUGAUAUCUCAGAUGAACCUGCAGAAAAGAGAGAAAGAAAAGAUAAAAUCCAGAAGGAAACAAAGAAGCGACGUGACUUCUAUGAAAAGUAUCGAAAUCCACAAAAAGAAAAAGAAACUAUGCAGAUCUAUAUUAGAGAUAAUGGCUCUCCUGAAGAACAUGCGAUUUAUGUUUGGGACCAUUUUAUUUCCCAGUCAGCUGCAGAGAAUGUAUUUUUUGUUGCUCACAGUUAUGGUGGACUUGCCUUUGUAGAGUUGAUGAUUCAACGAGAGGCAGAAGUAAAGAACAGGGUAACUGCUGUGGCGUUGACAGACUCAGUUCACAAUGUGUGGCAUCAAGAAGCUGGGAAAACUAUUAGAGAGUGGAUGCGAGAGAACUGCUGUAACUGGGUGUCCAGCUCCGAGCCCCUGGACACAUCGGUGGAGUCCAUGCUGCCAGACUGUCCCCGUGUCUCUGCAGUUGUUCUUGUCAGCUGCCCCAGAGCUCAGCAGCAGGACAGCUCUGACCCUUCCGAGGCUCCCUCCAGACCAGCUGCAGCAGCUGGGUGUCUUCUGUACAGAACGCCAUGAACUAACUUCUUGGAAGAGUUUUCCAUCUAUUUUCAAAUUCUUCAGUGAGGCUGUAAAGGCGAAGAACAGCUUGGUGAAACCAACCCCAACAAGGCGCUCCAACAGGAUAAAAUAUGAAGAAUUCUAAAAGGAGGGGAGGAAAAAAAUCCACCACCACCAAUGUCUUUGCUGCUUGUUUUCUGCAAGGAGUCUCCCAGCCCCUCAUUAGAUUGUUUUCUUCCUAGAGCACAGGGUCGUGAUAUAUACAUCUAAAUAGCGUUUUGCAUUAUUUCUAGAUGAGUGCAACUGUCAAAGCAAUAUGGGUUCACUGGUUGUGCUUCCUGUGGGCUGUAACUUGGAUUUUGUGCUGCCCAUCAGUGUGCAGAUUAAGGCUGACAGCGGUACUGCACAGUGCAGCAUGGUGCAGCUCUAAUUGCCCUGACAUGGCCCUGCACCAAGCUGAUGCCAGAAUUUAACAGCUUCUUGGCAGUCCUGUUGCCUGCAGGAUAUUUUGCAGCUUCCUUCUAUUUUGAGACAGAACAAAAUACAAAUUACUCUUUUCUAAAAGAUGGACCUUACUCAAACAUGUUAACCAGCCUAUGAUUUUACACCUAGUAGCCUUCUCUUUCUCUGGGACCAAGUGGAAUUGACUUCUAACUCUCUCAUUUUUCUGCUGGCAAGAGUGUCCAAGAAGUUUGGCCCAGAAUUCUAGAAGGGCUCUGUUGUUGAAGAGUUUUUCUCUUGCUAGAUCAACAGCAUUAUCUGUAGAUCUUCUCUUCCUUUGGAAAGCUCUACUUUAAAAAAUGUGUAUUCAUUAACAGGCUGGAUCACACUGUGAAAUAUGACAGGAAAAAUAAAAAAAAGACACACUGCAUAUUCUUUUUGUUUAUUGUUAAACACAAAAAUGCUUCCAUUUUCAUAUGCUGAGUUUGUAAUGACUUGCCAUCCCAUGAUUAUUCCCUUUUCCCUAAACUCACAGGUUCCUCCUCACUUUUCCAGUCUCUCUGAUAAAGGUUGGCCAACAGGGCUCUCUGUGUGGGGAUUUCACACUGUCAUGGUUUGACACUGCCGCAAUGCCAGUGCCCCCAUGAGAAUACCCUCUCCCUGGUGUCUGCUGUGAGAUGUGACCAGGAAUAAGCAAAGCAGGCUCCUACUUAGAAAUAAAGAAAACUUUAUUAACUAAACUACAAGAAAAUAACUAAACUACAAGGAAAGAAAAAAAACACACAAGGAAAAUGAAAACUUCACAAAAGCAUUUUCCUCCUCCCCCCACCAAAUUCCAAUAUAAUACAUCUCCCAAAUCACCAACUCUUGGUCCGGCACCACCCUUUAGAAUACUCAAUCCUCAGUUCAUCAAGAUGAGAAGGAGUCUUUCUUUGUGCCAUGGACUUCUUGUCACACGUAGCACUGCCUGGAGAUCCUUUGCCAUCGUCACGUCUUCCUUCCAUGCCAAGUGCUCUCACCACUGCACAUGGACCAGGGCUGCUUCUAGGGUUCCUUUUAAAGAUGCCUUGUCUCCUUCCAAAAAGGCACAGUCUCAGCUUUGGGACAUCUGUCCCCCCCAUGUUUUUUUCACCCCCUGGAUUCUGAGGCAUUGACCCCCCGGAGGCAGUCUCUGUAUCACAAGGAAACAGUCCAUGGCUAUACAAAAAAUAAGAGUCCAGCAAAAAAUGCCCCUCCAUCUUCUCCAUUCUUCCAGCAUCUCUCUUUCUGCCCAGACCUUCAUCACUCUUCUAGGAAGGGUUAAUGUUCUGUAAAGUUUUCAUUGUCCACAAAGGGGUUAAAAGCUCCCACAAGCAGCUGGACAUCGCUGGACAUUGCUGCCUCCUCUGCCUCCUUCCCCCGCCUUUUCUCCUUCUCAGCUGUGCUGCCUGCUGCCGCACUUGUUUAUCAAGUUUCAAGGUAACUCUCAGGCAUGGCUCUGUUUCUCUUUCUGUCUCUGUCUCCCAGAAGUGGGAGGGGGGAAUACUUCUCAGUAGUUCUUCGAUGCUUCCACCCUUGGGCCCCUCAAGGUCAGGCCCACCUCUCCCAGGCCGCAUGGCUCUCCCCUCCGCUCAGCAGCUGGGCCAGGGGAGGAGUUGAACUCUCUCCCACCAGAAAUCCCAAAGAGAACCUUCCAGGGGGGAGCCCUGCUUUUAACCCUGUGAUCUCAGAGGCGGAUCCAAAUGUCCCAAUGGCCACAUCAGGUGCCAAUACUAAAAUCUGAGCACCCAUUGGUUUCACUACAGCAUCCCAGAAAUCCCAUUUCCGGUCAAACCACCACACACACCAUGCAUAGGGGGGUAUGUGGUUGUAGCCAUAACUGUGGUGUUAGGCAGGUUUUCUGCACUAAAACUAAGGGAAAAGAUGUGCUUGAUGGCACGCCCAGUGAACAAGCACUAAUUAAGCUCCUUUGGUGUUGAUAAUACUGAAUUAAAGUUGUCCUUUCUUUAAUGGCCAUGCCCACCUGGCCUCUGAUGCUGUUAGUGACAAGGAGGUGCCACUUAGACAUGACUUUUGGACCCAGUCCCACCCUCUCCUACGCAGUGUGUCCAAUCAGUCCUACAGCUGGGGGCCAGAAGUGGUGGUGGGGAGCAUUAAAACAAGACAAUGUCAAAGCAGGGGUACCCUUCUAUGCCACGGAGCAAAAGCAGAAGCGCUCAUAGUGACGUGUAAAGGGAAACCCAGCUGGGUUUGGGCCUAAAUCCUCCCGGUGGGGGGCUCUCAGCACCAAGAGUGCUUACAUCCAUCCCUACCUGCUCAUACUGGCAGCAGGGCUUCACUUCCCCAGCUGCUGCUUCCUGUCACCUUGCUAUGUUUAAGCUCUGCCCUUGGGGAAGAGCAAACUCCUGGAAGGGCCACUACCUAUGUGGAGGGAAGUGCAGUAUCUGUCCCUGGAGGAUUUUCUGCCUGGAUGGAGGCCUGCUGCUGAAGUGAGAGUACUGUGCCCAUAUUCCUGUGGCGUCCAGUCUCUGCACUCACUCCCAGUCAGAGGAUGCUGCUGCCUGUGGCCAGCCUGACCCUCUCCGUGGGGGUCUAGAACCCUCCCUCCCCAGGUCCGUGUCUACCCCAGCCCCCUGGACCCUGUGUGUUCAGGGACAAGGCAAGCAUUUACAUGGUGUGGUUUGGCUGUCCAUGCUUCAUCCCGCAGCCAGGGAAGACGCAUAGGCCAGGGAAGUUUGCACAUGCACACACCAGACCUGCCACUCUCCAUCUCUGUGGAAGUGAGAUGGACUCUCUAGGGUGCCCAAAUAUUGGAGGAGCAGAUCUAUUUUUUUAACUGUUGAUGAGAAACAAACUACAUUUUUACUGUAAUGCUUAUCAUUUUCUAAAAAAUUUUUCUUUACUGUGCCCUGGGCCCAGCUCACAUUAUCACUCCUGUGGGGGGGCUGUAGAGCAGAGGGGAUCCUCACCACUGGUACUGCUCUGCUUGCAAUGAACAAAAAAUAAAUAUGCUCUCUUCUCUCCUU